AAACGUCCCACGGUACGACAUCAAUUGCACCCUCAAAGUUUGUUCCUUACUUCGAUGCUCUUCUGCCUGAGGUGAUUGUCAUUUCAUACUCUGAAAAUGGCUGCGGAUGGCUUCCAGUACAGAUCCAUCUACUCCUACCGUAAGGACUGGGAGCAUGACAUUGACCUUGAGCCUGGUGAUAUCCUGACAGUGGACAAAGGGUCUCUACUGUCAUUGGGCAUCAAAGAGGGCGACGAGCAGCACCCCGAAUGCAUCGGCUGGAUCUUGGGCUUUAAUGAGCGAACCAAACAGAGGGGAGACUUUCCAGGGACAUAUGUGCAGUAUGUGGGACCUGUGAAAAUGUCAGCGCCGUACUGCCAGCCUCGUUCUCAGAGACCACUUCCUGCUGUUCCCAGACCUGAGCCAACAGCCUCCUUGCAGGUUGUUCCAGACCUAGACUUGACCAAACAGUUCAUGCACCCGGAAACUGCUCCCCCUAAUCUGAUUAAGCUGAUCGAAGCAGUUGAGCGGUCAGGUCUGGACUGCAGGACACUGUACAGGACUUCAGCCUCUGACAAUCAGCGACCGAGCCUCAGCGAGCUGCAGGAUCUGGACGUGGGACAGUGGGACAUUCAUGCGCUUUCUGAGGCUGUGAUUCGGUACCUCCAGGACCUUCCUGCCCCCAUCAUCCCUCCCUGUGUUUAUACAGACCUUCAGGCAGCAGUGCAGCUCGAAUCGGACGUCCCCUCCGUGAGGAGACGUGAGCUGCUUCAGCAGGUCCUGGACAAGCCUGAGGUUCCUCUGCAGAACCUGCUGACACUGCAUUAUUUGCUUCAACACCUGGACAAGGUCUGUCAGUCCGCUGAGCAGAACGGCCUCGACAUUUACACCCUGGGCCAGAUCUUCGGCCCUCUCCUGUUCAGGGGCCCUGUGAGCGGGUCAGAGGAAGAUGAGGCGUUUCCUGCAGCUGCAGUUGAGAGACUUCUUUUGGAGAGAAUUUGGGAACAAGAGCCGACUCCUCCCGCUCUUCCUCCAAAACCGCCCAAAGCCAAAGCCAUGGCCUCAUCUGUGACUAAUGGAAGCGACAGCUUACUGAGUGAAGCUGAAUGGUACUGGGGAGAUAUUUCAAGAGAGGAAGUGAAUGAAAAAAUGAGAGACACUCCUGAUGGUACGUUCUUGGUGCGGGACGCUUCAAGCAAAGUGCACGGAGAGUACACUUUGACCCUCAGGAAAGGAGGCAAUAACAAACUGAUCAAGAUUUUUCAUCGCGGGGGCAAGUACGGCUUCUCUGAGCCUCUUACUUUUCUCUCUGUGGUGGAGCUCAUCAACCACUACCGCCAUGAGUCACUGGCGCAGUAUAACGCCAAGCUGGACUCUCACCUGCUCUUCCCCGUCUCCAAAUAUCAGCAGGAUCAGGUGGUGAAAGAGGACAGUAUAGAGGCAGUGGGAGAGCAGCUGAAGGUUUAUCACGAGCAGUAUCAGGAGAAGAGUCGUGAAUAUGACGUACUGUACGAGGAAUACACACGCUCAUCACAAGAGUUGCAGAUGAAGCGGACUGCCAUUGAGGCCUUCAACGAGACCAUCAAGAUCUUUGAGGAGCAGUGCGAGACCCAGGAGCGCCUCAGUAGAGACAGCAUUGAGAAGUUUCGCAGGGAAGGAAACGACAAGGAGAUUGAGAGAAUUCAGAGUAACUCGGAGAAGCUGAAGUCUAGAGUGACAGAGAUUCAUGACAGCAAGAGGAAGUUGGAACUGGAUUUGAAGCGGCAAGCUACAGACAAUCGAGAGAUAGACAAGCUAAUGAACAGCUUGAAACCAGACCUCAUACAGCUGAGGAAGCUAAGGGACCAAUAUCUUGUAUGGCUGACUCAGAAAGGCACCAGGCAAAGGAAGAUCAAUGAAUGGCUGGGAAUAAAGAAUGAAUCAGAGGACUUCUAUUCUCUGCUGGACGACGAUGACGAUCAAGCGCAUCAUGACGAGUGCUCCUGGUACGUUGGAGACAUCAAGCGCUCGUAUGCAGAGGAUCUCCUGAGAGGCAAACGCGAUGGCACCUUCCUCAUCAGAGAGAGCCAGACCCAGAAGGGCUCCUUCGCCUGCUCUGUAGUUGUGGAAGGAGAAAUCAAACAUUGUGUGGUUUACAAGACGGCCACAGGUUUCGGAUUUGCUGAACCCUACAACCUUUACGGCUCCUUGAAAGACUUGGUCCUGCACUACAAACACACGUCUCUGGUCCAGCACAACGACUCGCUGAAUGUAACCCUGGCCUACCCGGUGCUCGCACAGCAGCCUAGAUGAGCACCGCUUCACCACAUGGCCCGGGACACGCAUAUAAAGCAUGAUUAAGCACAUUAUUCAGAGCAAAAUAUACUAACACCCAACGUUUAUGUUUAUCGUAGAGAACAGAUAAGCACAGCAUAUUAUCGUUAAGUAAACGUACGGCUUUUUUGUAAGCCCAUAGUUUUUCCAUAUCGAUCAAAGUCAGCUGCAGUAGUUACGGUAAGAUCACAGCUUUUCUGUAUUUGUCGUCUCAACAUGAGAUGGAUAGCGUCACACGAUUCCACAAACGCUCAAACUAGUGUGGCAGUCCUAGAU